AAACGUCAAACUUUUCCCAAUCAUCGCACAUUCAUCAUCGCGGAGCAAGUGCGGAACGGUUGUGUAGUAUUUUUUUCCAUCGCCCGUGUCUCCGUCGUGUCGUCGCGGAACCGUCGUAGAAAAGUCAUCAUCGCGGAUCGUCUCGUUGUCCGUCGGAGUGCGUGUCUGCUUUCCUAUAUUUUUCAGUUCGCUGUGGCACAAACUUUCGGUGAUAUAAUUUGCGCAUUUUGGGUUGCUGGAAAUCGCUUUUUUGGUGAAGAAACAAAGGAGUUGUGCAAAAGUUUAUUGAAAAAGAAGAGUGGGGAGCACAGAAAAAAGGGCGAUCCUGUCUGUGUGUGCGCGAAGGAAAAAAGGUAACACUUUCAAGAGUCGGUCAUCGUCUCGGUGUGUGGCGGGGGUAGUUGGUUGUAAAGCGGCGGCGGCGGCGGCGGCGAUAUCAAGAAGAGUAGUUGACGCGAAGCAAAGAGGAGCGAAAGAGAGACGACGAAAUCAUCCAUCCAUUCAUCUGACCCCGGAGGCUACGGACGGCGAGGCGUAGAGAAGAAGCAGCAGCAGCAGCCAGCCAGCAGUAGAAAAAAGGAAAACCUGUCUCAUCAGUAAAAUAAUGGCGAAAACGUACGAUUACCUGUUCAAGUUGCUGCUGAUCGGCGAUUCCGGUGUCGGCAAGACCUGUAUCCUGUUCCGUUUCUCCGAGGAUGCCUUCAACACGACCUUCAUCAGCACAAUCGG